UCCCCGCAGCGCCUCCACCGGAAUCGCGAAUCACCCACAUCCAAUUCCAACACCUUUUCCUCCUCCGCGCCGCCCCGUCGCCGUCGCGCUCGCCUUUUAACCCAAUCACCCUCUCCCUAAUUCCUACCGCGCCCCGCCACCUUCCCCAACCCAAACUUUCUCUGUGCGCACGGCCUCCGGCUUUGGAAAUGUCGCGCGCGGUGGUGCGCUGGUGGUGACGGCACGACCCGAUCGCUCGUUGGCGCGAGCGGGCGGGCGGGCGCAGCACCGCACAGUUCCACCUCGUGCACGGCACCGAGAUUAUUCGCCAUUUUUAUAAUCGCGUUACAUGAGCCGCGCCCGGUUGGCCUGGCUGGCGCCCCACCCCGUCCUCUCUCUCCUGUCCUGUCGCGCUGCGCCUGUGCUCCCCUCCCUCGUCGUGCCGCGGUCGCGUCGCCCUCCACCACCAGCUCACCGCCUUUGCGCAUCGCCGCCGCCACCGCCGUGCGCCGCACGUACCCCCGAGGCGGAUCGCGCCUUCUCGAGGCGAUCGGCGAUCGGCCAGCGGCUAAGGGGAGGAGAUCGCCCGUCGGCGCCGCCGUUGGCCGCCGACCGAGCCGCGUCUCCUCCCGUCCGAUCGCAGUGCUUCCGGGGCCCGACCCUCGAGACAGGGCAGGGCGGCUCGAUCGCCGCAGAUGAAACAUGGCUUCGAUGUCAAACAUUGUUAUAGGCUCUCAUGUAUGGGUGGAAGAUAAAGAUUUUGCCUGGGUUGAUGGUGAGGUCUUCCGAAUUGAUGGUCAAAAUGCCCAUGUUCGCACAACCAAGGGAAAGACGGUCAUUGCAAAUACAUCGGAUAUACACCCUAAAGAUACAGAAGCAUCUCCGGAUGGAGUUGAUGACAUGACAAGGUUAUCAUACUUGCAUGAGCCUGGUGUUCUAGAUAACCUGGCUGUCAGAUAUGCCAAAAAUAUAAUUUAUACCUACACUGGCAAUAUUUUGAUUGCAAUAAAUCCAUUCCAAAGACUGCCUAAUCUGGUUGAUGUCCGUACUAUGGAAAAAUACAAAGGUGCAAAUCUUGGUGACCUAGAACCUCAUGUAUUUGCAAUAGCCGACGUCUCUUAUAGGCAAAUGAUAAAUGAAGGAAAGAGUAACUCCAUUUUGGUCAGUGGUGAAAGUGGUGCUGGUAAGACUGAAACUACAAAGUUAUUGAUGAGAUAUCUUGCAUUUCUGGGUGGGCGAUCUGUAACAGGAGCGAGGACAGUUGAACAGCAAGUUUUAGAAUCUAACCCAGUCCUUGAAGCUUUUGGGAAUGCAAAAACUGUUCGAAACAACAAUUCAAGUCGAUUUGGUAAAUUUGUUGAAAUCCAAUUUGGCAAGAGUGGAAAGAUAUCUGGUGCUGCCAUUAGAACUUACUUGCUUGAGAGAUCUCGAGUCUGCCAAAUUAAUAGCCCAGAGAGAAACUACCAUUGCUUUUACUUCUUGUGUGCAGCACCAUCAGAGGAUCUAAAGAAGUAUAAGCUGGGGGACCCAUCUUCGUUUCACUAUCUCAAUCAGUCAACAUGCAUCAAAGUUGAUGGGAUUAAUGAUGCUGAAGAAUAUCUUGCAACAAGAAAUGCAAUGGAUACUGUUGGCAUCACUGAGCAAGAACAGGAAGCUAUAUUCCGGGUUGUUGCUGCUGUGCUUCAUCUUGGAAACAUUAACUUUGUGAAAGGGAGAGAGGUAGAUUCAUCUAUAAUAAAGGAUGACAAAUCUAGAUUCCAUCUUAAUACAGCAGGAGAGCUCUUGAUGUGUGAUUGUGAGAAGUUGGAGAAUGCCUUGAUAAAUAGGGAAAUAAAUACACCAGAAGGAGUGAUUACCACUACAGUUGGUCCUCAUUCUGCUACUAUUAGCCGGGAUGGUUUAGCAAAACAGAUAUACUCUCGAUUAUUUGACUGGCUUGUAAAUAGAAUAAAUGCAUCAAUAGGACAAGACCCAGACUCGAACCAACUGAUUGGGGUACUUGAUAUAUAUGGCUUUGAAAGUUUUAAAACUAACAGUUUUGAACAACUAUGCAUCAAUUUUACCAAUGAAAAACUCCAGCAACAUUUUAACCAGAAUGUCUUUAAAAUGGAGCAGGAAGAGUACACAAGGGAGCAGAUUAAUUGGAGUUACAUAGAGUUUGUUGACAACCAAGAUGUACUUGACUUGAUUGAGAAGAAACCAGGUGGAAUUAUUGCACUUCUUGAUGAAGCCUGCAUGUUCCCAAAGUCGACACAUGAGACAUUAUCUCAGAAGCUGUAUGAAAAGUUCAAGAGCCACAAAAGAUUUGCCAAACCAAAGCUUUCUCGUACUGCAUUUACAAUUCAACAUUAUGCUGGAGAUGUAAUAUAUCAAUCUGAUCAAUUCCUGGACAAAAACAAAGACUAUGUGGUAGCAGAGCAUCAGGAAUUACUUUAUGCUUCCAAGUGUUCUUUUGUAUCAGGGUUAUUUCCACCAGUGACAGAAGAGAACACAAAAUCAUCAAAAUCCUCAAUUGCGACUCGCUUUAAGAUGCAACUUCAUGAGCUCAUGGAGACUUUGAGCUCUACGGAACCACAUUACAUUAGAUGUAUAAAACCAAAUAGUGUUCUUAAGCCUGCCAUUUUUGAGAACACCAACGUUCUGCAGCAGCUUCGAUGUUCAGGUGUUCUUGAAGCCAUUAGAAUCAGCUGCGCUGGAUAUCCCACUAGGAAACUAUUUCAUGAUUUUCUUCAUCGCUUUCGCAUUCUUUCUCCUGAAAUUCUGAAAGAAAACAAUGAUGAAAAAGUUGCCUGUCAAAAGAUUUUGGACAAAAUAGGACUUCAGGGUUAUCAGAUAGGAAGAACUAAGGUAUUCCUGAGAGCUGGUCAAAUGGCUGAACUGGAUGCUAGAAGAACAGAGAUGCGAAAUAAUGCAGCCAGAGGUGUUCAGAGUCAAUUCCGUACUCAUGUUGCUCGUGAGCAGUUCCUAAUACUACGGAACACGUCUAUUUGUUUGCAAUCCUUUGUUAGAGCAAGAUUGGCUUGUAAGCUACACGAACUCCUGAGACAGCAAGCAGCAGCACUGAAGAUUCAGAAAAACACCCGAUGGUAUUUUGCAUGGAAAACUUACUGUCAACUACGCUUGUCAGCCACUACAUUGCAGACAGGGCUAAGGGCCAUGGCAGCUCGCAAUGAAUUCAACUUUAGAAAGCAAAAUAAAGCUUCUAUCCAUAUCCAGUCCCGAUGGCGUUGCCACAGAGAUUACUCAAAUUAUAUUAAAUUGAAGAGAGCAGCGCUAACAUAUCAGUGUGCUUGGCGAAGAAGGGUUGCCAGGAAAGAGCUGCGAAAGCUCAGAAUGGCUGCAAGAGAUACACAAGCUCUAAAGGUGGCAAAAGAGAAACUUGAGGAACGUGUGGAAGAGCUAACAAGCCGCCUGGGCCUAGAGAAGAAACUAAGGACUGAUUUGGAGAAGUCCAAAGCAGAAGAAGUUUCUAAAUUGCAGGCUGCUCUUCAUGAGAUGGAGCAGAGAGUAGAAGAAGUCACAGCAAUGCAGGAAAGAGAAUCAGCAAAAAAGGCUGUUGAAGAAGCUCUAGUUCAAGAAAGAGAAAAGAUCAGUUUAUUGACUACUGAAAUUGAGGGUCUCAAGGCACUGCUAGUAGCAGAACGAGAGGAGAAUGAUUUAACAAAGAAAGCACAUGCUAAUGCUCUGGAAGGAAAUGAAGAAUUGAAUAAGAAAGUCAAGGAUGCAGAGGAAAAAAUCAAGCAGUUUAGUGAUAUUGUGCAGAGACUAGAAGUGACUGUAAGAGAAGGAGAGGCCCUUUUGCUAACGGAAAGACAACAAAGUGAAGCAGUUAGCACUGCACUAGCUGAAUCUCAAGCAAGAAAUGAAGCAUUAGUAAGCAAGCUUGAAGAUGCUGUGAAACAAAAUGAUCUGCUCCACGAAGCUAUUAAAAGAUUUGAAGAAGCUAUGGCAAAUCUGGAAUCUUCACUGUCAGUUGAAAAACAACAACACGAGGCAAGUGUGGUAGAACUAACUGAAGCACGAGAAAAAAUUGAAGAACUUCAGAGAGAAGUUGGGGAUACUGAUGAAAAAUCCACCAUGCUUCAGACUACUAUACAAAGACUUGAAGAAAGAUUAAGGGAGAAGGAUGAUCUGUUGACUACAGAAAGACAAGAAAGUGAAGCAACUAAACAAUUGCUCAGUGAAUCCCAGGAUAGAAAUCAGGAGUUGCUCAACAAAAUUGAAGAUGCUGAAAAAAACAUUGCACACUUUCAAGACACAAUACAAAGGCAUGAAGAAAUUAUGACAGUACUAGAAACUUCACUGAGAACUGAAAGGCAGCAAAAUGAUGCAAUGAUGAAACAACUAGCUGACUCUCAGGGAGAAAUAGGAGAGCUGCAAAAGAAGCUUGAAGAUGCUGAUGGCAGAAGCAGUCUGCUUCAAGAUUCUUUACAGAGACUUGAAGAAGAUGCUACCACAAGAGAGGCUUUAUUGGUAGCUGAAAAGCAAGAAAACGAAGUGACAAAAAGGACACUAACUGAAGCUCUGGAUCAAAUCGAGGAAUUAGUCAAGGAAGUUGAGUGUGCUAACCACAGUGUGCAUCAGCUUCAAGAUAUUAUACAAAGACUUGAACAAAGUGCAGUUGCAAGAGAGGCUACUUUACUAACAGAAAGUCAGGAAAAAGAUGCAACAUCAAAAGCGCUAGCAGAAGCACAAGGAAGGAUUGAAGAUUUACUGAAGGAAAUUUAUUCUGCUAAUAGAAAAAUUGAUCAGCUUCAAAAAACUGUAGAAAGGUUAGAAGAGGGUGCAACAACAACGGAUGCUCUUUACUUUGCUGAAAGGCAAGAGCAUGAUCAAACGAAGAAAACACUUUCUGAAGCUCAAGAGAUGAACAAAGAAUUACUAACGAAAAUUGUGGAGGCUGAGCAAAACAGAGGUCAGCUCCUGGAGAAUGUGAAAAGACUUGAAAAGGAUUCAACUACAAGAGAGUCUUUGCUGCUUAUGACAAAGCAAAGUCAUGAUGACACCAUAAAAGUUUUGGCUGAAGCUCAAGAGCGAAACCAAGACUUAAUGAACAAAGUAGAGGAUUCUGAUAGGAAAAUUGGUCUGCUUGAAGAUUCAGUAAAAAGUUUUGAAAAAAGUACAGCAGAUAAAGAUUCUUUAUUGGCAAUAGAAAGACAUGAACACAGUGAAACCAAGAAAGAAUUAGCUGGUGCUCAGAAAAAGAUUGAGGAAUUGCUAAAUGAAGUGCAAGAUAUUCAUGCAAAUAUCACAGAACUUGAGGACUCAAUUAGGAGACUUGAAGGAAACUUGGGAUCAACCGAAGCUUUAUUGCUAGCUGAAAAGGAACAGAAUGCUUCCACCUUAAGAUUACUUACAGAAGCACAAUCGAAAAUUGAAGAAUUAAUAAAGAAACUUGAAGAUGCGGAUAGAAAAUCUGAUAGCCUUCGAGAUACGAUAAAAAGACUCGAACAAGAUGGCACUGCCAAAGACGCCUUAUUGCUAACUGAAAAGCAGGCACAUGAGGGAACACAGAAGACUCUCACUGAAGCUCAGGAAAGGAAUGAAGAAUUGCUGAAGAAAAUUCAUGAUGAUGAUAAACAUAUUCUUCAGCUUCAGUUUACCAUACAGAGGCUUGAGGAAAAUACAGUUGCAAAUGAGAAUUUGCUACUGAGAGAAAGGGAGCAAAAUGAUACAACAACAAAAGCGCACAUUGAAAGUCAAGAAAGAUAUGAAGAAUUACUAAAGAAAUUUGUGGAUGUUGACAGGAAAAUUGAUCUUCUUCAAGAUACCAUAGAAAGGCUUGGAGAAAAUACAACAACAAAGGAUGCUCUGUUGCUAUCAGAGAGACAUGAGAAGGAUGCAACUAAAAAAGCACUUGCUGAGGCUGAAGAGAAAAAUGAAGAGUUGCAAAUGAAAGUCGAAUAUGCUAAUGAAAAAAUUGAUCAUCUUCAAAAUACAAUAAAUAAGCUUCAAGAAAACAUAGCUGCAAAAGAUGUUUCUUUGGAAGCUUCAAUGCAAGAAAAUAGCACAAUCAGGAAAUCUCUUGCUGAAGCUCAAGAGAGAAAUGAUGAAUUACUCAAGAAAAUUAGCGAUAGUGAAUACAGGAUCCACUUACUUCAAGACACAGUGCAGAAGCUUCAAGUAGAUGCAAUAUCAAGAUUGUCUUCUUUUGUAAUGGAAAAACAAGAAAGUGAUGCUGCCAAGAGAGCUGUUACUGAAGCUCAUGAAAGAAAUGAAGAUUUAUUGAAGAGAAACGAGGACCUCCUGAAGCGGAAUGAUGAUUUGAUUAAGAAAAUUGAAGAGUCUGGUAAAAUUGUCGCUCAACUUCAGGAGGCCUUACAAAGACUUGAAAGAAAAGCAGCCAACUUAGAGGCUGAGAACCAAGUUCUCCGUCAACAAGCAACUGCAACUCCUCCGUCUACUGCCAAAUCUUCAGCUUCACGCUCAAAGAUCACAAGGAUUCAUAGAAGCCCAGAGAAUGGCCAUAUUUUGAACGGUGACAUAAAACAAACUGAAAUGAAGCCCUCAACUGGCACAUCAGAAGCAAUACCCCCCUCGGUGGGCAAUGUUCCUGACUUGAGCAACCAAAAAGAUUUUGAGCAUGGAGAAAAACUGCAAAGAGUACUUAAUCAGAAAUAUCAGCACCAGCAGCCCCAGGACGAUCAGCAGUGGUUACUUACUUGCAUUUCACAAUAUCUUGGAUUUUCUGGGAGCAAACCUGUUGCAGCUCUUCUUAUAUAUCAAUGUAUUCUCCAUUGGAGAUCGUUUGAAGCAAUGAAGACAAAUGUCUUCGACAGCAUUCUGCAGACUAUAAACUCAGCAACAGAGGCCCAAAAUGAUAUGAGAACAUUGGCGUAUUGGUUGUCCAACUUAUCUACGCUAACAGUUCUCCUUCAACGGUCAUUCAAAACUACUAGGACAGCGAUCUCAACUCCACAAAGACGACGAUUUUCGUCGGAGCGGAUAUUUCAUGCAAAUCAAACUUCAAAUGCUGGGCUUGCUUAUCUCAGUGGCCAAUCGGUUGUUGGAUCUGGUGGACUACCCCAAGUUGAAGCAAAAUAUCCAGCUUUGCUAUUCAAACAGCAGCUUGUGGAUCUAAUUGAAAAGGUUUAUGGUAUGAUAAGUGACAGUGUGAAAAAGGAGCUAAACCCUUUGCUUGAAUUGUGUAUACAGGAUCCACGGACUUCACACUCAAGUCUAGCAAAAGGCCAUUUGAAUGGCAUGGCCCAACAGAACCAACUUGCGCAUUGGUUGGGCAUUGUGAAAAUCCUCAACAGUUACUUGGAUGUACUGAGGGCAAACCAUGUUCCAUCAAUUUUGGUGCAUAAACUGUUCACUCAAAUAUUUUCACUGAUUGAUGUUCAAUUAUUUAACCGAUUACUUUUGCGGCGCGAGUGUUGUUCGUUUAGUAAUGGAGAAUAUGUCAGAGCUGGACUAGCUGAACUAAAACAUUGGUCCGACAAUGCCGCUAGAGAGUUUGCAGGUUCAGCCUGGGAGGCAUUGAGGCAUAUCAGACAGGCCGUUGAUUUCUUGGUGAUUUCUCUAAAGCCAAUGAGGACAUUAAGAGAGAUACACACUGAUGUGUGCCCUGCCCUCAGCAUACAACAGCUAGAGCGAAUAGUUAGUAUGUAUUGGGAUGAUGUGAAUGGUACAAAUACUAUUUCAGCGGAGUUUACAUCAAGCUUGAAAGCUGCGGUACACGAGGAAUCGAAUACUGUCACUACUUUUUCUAUACUGCUCGAUGAUGAUUCCAGCAUACCUUUUUCACUUGAUGACAUUACAAAAACAUUACCAGUCAUUGAGGUGGCUGAUGACGACUUGCUAUCAUUUGUCCAUGAAAACCCAAGCUUUGCGUUUUUAUUGCAAAGGGAGUAGUCAAAUUUUUUUUCAUCAUGGAGGCUUCGCCACUUGUGGAUAAAUCAGGAUUCCUGUUUAGGCUGUACAGUGUGCGUGAUUCUUUUUAUUCCAGAUAGAAGCCAUUGAAGAGCAGUUGCUAGAUGAGCUUAUAGGCUUUUGGUUUUUAUUGAUUGGUUCGUUAAUUGUAUAUUUGUAUUCAGAUUGUUCUUGCUAUUCUUUCCCUUCUUUGUAGCCAUUUUUGGGCUUGUAUACUGAAGGGUAAGGGCAGAAGGCCCUUCCGUUUAAGCAUAGUAACACGAGGUUGAGGUUUUGCUGUAAGUAGAAGAGUUGUAAGUUGCACAUGUGUUGUAAAUGAUUGAAGAAAAGAAAUCUCAUUGUUGAGCUUGUGGAAAAUGUUGGAUU